AUGGCCACCGUUGUCGGCGGCUGCCUACUACCAGGCUUGCCGGAUGACGUGGCACUGUCAUGCUUGGCUCGCGUGCCACGUGGCCUCUAUGGAUCUCUCAAGCUGGUCUGUAGGAGUUGGCACGCCGCAAUCGAAGGGUCCGAGCUGUACACGCAGAGGAGUAACCUGGGCGCCACGGAGAGCUGGCUGCACCUCAUCCCUCUGCGCAGCCCUCACUGGUUCGCCUACUCGCCAGUGCUAUCACGCUGGUUCGCCCUGCCAUGGCGCGGGCCACGCUUCGUGCGGUGUGUGGAGGUGGUGGGUCGCUACCUCCUCGCGUUCGGCACCGACGAUGACUCGGGGGGCUCCUACCCCUUCUGCCACGUCAACAAGGUGGCAGUGUUUGACUCGUCCACUGGGGGCUGGAGCGAGGGCCCUCCGUUCCCACGUCAGCUGAAGCUGAGCGACACGAUUGGUGCGCACGGGAAGGUGGUGCUGUUCUCGUCGGUGAUUGGUCGGUGCGUGUACAUGGGUGUGUCUUCACGGCCUGGCGAGGUGGUUGCGAUGCGGCUGAGUGAAGAGGUGGGGGGGGCGGAGGGGGGCGCGGACUCGGGAGGGGAAGGAGGAGGGGAGAGGGGAGCGGAUAGUGGACGAAGUGGAGGGGGCGGAGGGGGCGGAGAGAAAGGGGGAUGGAGGGUGAAGAGAAAUAACGGCAUGAAUGGGUAUGUGGGAAGGAAGGUACAGAAUUUUCGAGUGCAGGGCAGUGGUUCGGAUGGUGGGAUGGCAGAAGAAAGCGAGGAGGAGGUGUGGUGGGAGGCACGAGAAGCUUGGGUGGAGGAGAAGGAGGGGGAAGAGGAGGAGGAAGAGGGGGAGGAGGAGGGAGACAGAGAGGGAUCUGGAGGAGGAGAACAGGAAAAGGAGGGAGAGGGAGAGUCGAGAUGGCAGGCAGGGAGGGGAGCAACCAGCAAGUGGACAUGGACGGAGCUGCCUUCUCCCUCAUGCCCUGCCUGCUCUCCUCAUCUCUCCUUUGCUCUCAACGGCGACUGGCACAUCUUCUCAGGCGCACUCCUCCCCUCUCUAGAACCCUCUAUUAUCUCAUUCCAUCCGUCCACCCACUCCUGGUCCCAGCCGUCCUCGCUAAAAGAAAUCUACAGCAGCAGCAAAACAGCAGACAUUGUAACGUCCUUAGGCCUUGGGAUUCCCGGUUGGAGAGCUGAUCUCGCCAAGAAGAUCAUAUCGUCGUGGAGGAACGGUGGGGGUCUUCGGCAUUUAGCGGUCUUGGAUGGAGGAUUGGUGGUGUCUGUGGGGGGCUCUAGGUUGGGUGGACGGGGAAAGGGCGAUUUGCAGGCGUGGGUGGAAGAAGAGAAGGCGUGGAGGAAAUUGGCCGAUUUGCCGUUUGAUGGAAAAUAUUUCCACCAUGCGGCAAUCCAACGGACUCCGUCAACCUCCGCUCGAAGCGUAAUGCCUGUCGCCACCGCUCAUUCCACGCAUUCCGCGCGCUCCGCGUACUUUGCGGCCGCGGCACUUUCGUCCGCUGCGUCCGUGUCUCGCGCCUCGACUCCCCUCUCGCGCGAAAGCGGCGUCCGCGCGCCGUCCUCCCCCUGCGCGCCGGUUCGGCACGGCGCCUCCCGCCGUCUCGUCGUCAGCGCCAAGUACCUGGGCAAGUUCGGCUCCGCGCCUCCCGCGCCUAUCGCGCCCUCCGCCGCCCCGGCCGCUGCCGCCGCCGCCAGCUCCGGCGCCGCUGCCGCCACGCGCUCUCCGCCCGCCAGCAACACGCUCCCUGCUCUCGCGCGCCAGCUUCUUCCGCUCACCGCGGCGGUCGUGAUUCCCGUCGCCGCCACCGCGGCCGCGUUCGCCGCCGCGGGCUUCGGGGAACGCGACGCGUACCGGUGGUUUCGCAGCCUGAACCCUCCCUCUUUCGCGCCGUCCGAUUGGCUGAUGGCCGCCACGUGGACGGUGCUGCAGCUGCCAGCUGGCGCGGCGUCGUGGAUGGUUUGGCGGCAAGGCGGAUGGGCGAGGCAGCGCGGCGCGAUGGAGAUUUACUUUAUCCAACUAGCCGUUGGAUUGCUUUGGCCAAUCGUCAUGUUCCGUCUGAAGAAGAUCGACGCGGCGGCUGCAGUUGCAGCCUCGCCCGUCGCCUCCCUGCUCUACCUCCCCAUGCUCGUCUGGCUCGGCCUUAUCUCCGCAAUCACCUACUCCAUCUGGACCAAUCACAGCGUGCUCCUCGACAAGCUAGAGUGGGACGAUGUGCUGGCGACUGCUAAGAAGAUCUGGAGGGAUAUCCGGGGGCUGGCUGGCAGCGGUGGCAGUGGCAGCAGUGGUAGUGCAAGCAGCGGCAGUGGUGGCGGGGGGAGUGGGUGGGGUGCAGGGGGGUGGGAUGGAGGGGAGGAGGGGGGGAGUGCGUUUGGGUGGUCUGCUGCUCCUAGCAACCAGAACAACCGCCGUGAUUGA